AUGGAGGGCGUGGGAGUGUGGAGAGAGGGCCCCGGGUUGUGCUACACAAAGACGACGUUUGGAAGCAGUGUCCGGAGAAUAUAUAAGGGUGACGUUUCGCACAUUAGGUGUGGUGGCGGUACAGUAGUGGUGUGUGUGUGUGUGUGUGUGUGUCGUUGCCUCAGUCACUCGCCCACUUGCUCACCUGUACUUGACCAGGCCAAGGACAAGAUACACACACACACAGACAAGAAGGGCGCACAGAUACAGACACAGUCACAGACACAGUCACAGACGCAGUCACAGACACAGACAGACAAGAAGGGCGCACACACACAACCCCCCCGCAAGACCCACGCACGCAGCGACAUCUCCGCCGCAGCAAUAGGUCGCACGGUGGGGGGCACAAGUCCGGUCAAGGAGCAGGCGGCUUCAUCUUCUGCUGGAGUGCGUUCGGCAGACUCGUCUCCAAGGGUCUCACAGGCCUCAUUUGCAGUGCCGCAGACGGCCAGUACCGGCCUGGGACUGUCAAUACCGACCUCUCCGACGCCACGAAGGCGGCCCUCCAAGCGGGGACACCGACGCUCGACCUCGGACAUUCUACACAACUCCACUGGUGGAGUGUCCGGCGUCUUCAAGGUCGACAAGCCCCAGGAGAGGGCGUGGGGCACUCCGGCGCAGCCAAAGCAGUCACCCCAGAAGUACCACGCCCAGAUUCAGCACAGCUACCCGCCCAACUCUUACCCGCCAAACACCUACCCUCAGAACACUUACUACCCCCCUCCUCCCCCACCACAACAGCAUAGUGGUAUCCACUACCCUCCACAGCACUACCCUCCUCCUCCUCCGCCGCCUCCCCCGCCACAAGAUCACGGAUCUCCUACAGUCACACCUUCAGGCAUGGUGCACCACUCCCCACCGCACGCCUUGGGCCAGGCCUUCCAACCCCAGCCUCCACAGCCGUCCCCCCAACAUCAAAGACAGUACAAUUACACCCACGCCCCGCCCUACGGAUCGCCACCUCAAUACAGUCACCAGUCGCACUCGCCAACACGCCCGUCACCGCUGCAUGGACCGCCACAGACGCCUCCGACGUCCAAUCCCACGUCAGCAUCGGGAACCAGACCCACGCUGGCGCCUCUACACGUGUCGCUGCCGCCGAUAUCCACGUCCAUCAACUCGCCAACGUCUGCGCCUGACAGAGUCACCCUGCCGCCCAUGCGUGCUAUCUACGAGCCGGUGAUGCCGUAUGGGGACGUUACGAGUCCCCGAGCGCAUCUUCCCUCUCCCGCGCCUCAUUCACCGGGCCAGAGAGAGGUCGAUGACGAUGCUGCAGAGUCGUUGAUGUAUUUCAGCUCUCCGAGAAGGUAA